CGUCACGGAACCGCGCCUGACGUCACCGCCUCACCUGAGUUUCGGAGGACGGUGAAACUUUCGAGCAGAGAUUGAAACUCACACGAAACGCGCUUCACGCGCCGUUCACACGGACUCACAGCCAGCGCGUUAAUCUGAUUUACGACCGGUUUAUGACCACUUAAACCCGGUUUAUUCACAAAGCAGCUCGUUUUGGUGGUAGAGGCCUCAGGACUGCUGUUUUUUUCCUGCUUUGACUCCCAAACGCUUCCUGAAACCCUCAGGUGGUCAUGUCGUCUCAUCCUCGCCGGGUUCGGCUCAAGCCCUGGCUGGUGUCUCAGGUGGACAACGGGACGUUUCCGGGUCUGAUCUGGCUGAACCGCGAGACUAAACGCUUCCAGAUCCCGUGGAAGCACGCCACGCGCCACACGCCGCAGCAGGAGGAGGAGAACACCAUCUUUAAGGCCUGGGCCGUGGAGACCGGGAAGUAUCAGGAAGGAGUGGACGAGCCGGAUCCGGCCAAAUGGAAAGCGCAGCUGAGGUGCGCCCUCAACAAGAGCCGAGAGUUCAACCUCAUCUACGACGGGACCAAAGAGGUUCCCAUGAACCCGCUGAAGAUCUACGACGUGUGUGACAUCCCUCAGACGCACAGUAACCCGGGUUCGGUUCCCACGUAUGAGACUGAUGGCGAUGAAGACGACGUUCCCGACACUCCUGAACCUCUUCCUCCGUAUCCACCGCACGGCGUGAGCUCGUCUCCGCUGGCUGUGGUCUGGACUCCUCCGGGCUCCGUGUCUCCCAUGCAGCCUCCCAGCUGUCCUCCUCCAUCUGCUCCUCCGUCUGUGGAGGUGUGGCCCAAGAAGGAGCCUCUGGACGUGGAGAUGCAGGCUCCGCCCAUGGAGCUACAGACACUCACGCCGCUGGAGGCCAUGUUCGCCACACCGGAGACCUGGAUCAGCUCCCUGCCCAUGACGGAUCUGGAGGUGCAGUUCUAUUACCGCGGUAAGGAGGUGUGUCCUCCGGUGACCGUCAGUAACCCGCAGGGCUGUCGUCUGUUCUACGGUGAUCUGGGGCCAAUCGCAAACCAGGAGGAGCUGUUCGGGCCGGUCAGUCUGGAGCAACUGCGCUUCCCCUCCACCGAACACAUCACCAACGACAAGCAGCGAGUGUUCACCAGCCGCCUGCUGGACGUCAUGGACCGCGGCCUCAUCCUGGAGGUGAGCGGACACGACAUCUACGCCGUGCGCCUCUGCCAGUGUAAGGUGUACUGGUCCGGCCCCUGCGCGCCCAACCCCAACGCACCAAACCUGAUCGAGCGCCAGCAAAGGGUCAAGCUCUUCUGCCUCGAGUCCUUCCUCAGCGGAGUGAUCACUCACCAGCGCGGUCAGUCCUCGUCCCAGUCUCCUCUCUAUGAUAUUCACCUGUGUUUCGGCGAGGAAUGGCCCGACGACAGACCGCGAGAACGCAAGCUCAUCAUGGUGCAGGUGGUCCCGGUGGUGGCGCGGAUGAUCAGUGAGAUGUUUUCGGGCGACUGCACGCGCUCCUUCGACAGUGGCAGCGUGCGGCUGCAGAUCUCCAUCCCUGACAUCAAGGACAACAUCGUGAUGCAGCUGAAGCAUCUCUACCGGCUCCUGCAGACUCACCAGGGGCAGGAGAACUGGCCGCUUCCUCCCGCACACUGAGACGCUUUCAGACUGUGGACCAAGUCUAGCACUCAUUAAUGAUUAAUCCGAUUUACUGAGCUUUUAUCAGCUCGACCCGCUUCCUGGUGUCUGAGCUUUUAUUGUGCUUUUACUACUGAUGUGUUACGCAAAGUUUUCCGCACUCUUCCCAAUCUUGUAGUUUUAACCGUCCUAUGUGUCUGAAGUCCCAUCAUGUAGAUUAGUGUAUGAAUGUUAUAUGGAUUUAUCAAAUAAAAAGAGAAAAUCACACAAA